AUGAAUAAUACCAAUAAAUUAAGUUCGAGAUCGUUAGCAUUUUCUGAAUACGAUCCAAUUGAAAAAAAUACGAAGUAUGGUUCAAAUUUUCGACGUUCUCUAUAUCCACGGCCACCACCGUCAACCCCACGAACUGAUCCAUCACUUGAUAUAGUGUAUCCAUUUAUUAACAGUCGUAGAAAGAAUCCGUUAACUCAUUCAGUUUUAAUGGAAAGUGCAAGUCAUCGAUCGGGUUUUCUUCCGCAUAAUUAUCGUUUAGAAAAUACAUUGGCAUCAAUUCGUCGGCAACGUUUAGAAAAUAAAUCAAUCCCGAAACGUUCCGUCUCGACAUCUAGAGUUAAUACUCGUGCAUCGCCGCGGUUGGAUGUCUUUGGUAAUUUAACAAGUAAAAUGAGUAAAUUAGCAGAGCAACGUUUAAUUUUACGUGAAAAAUCAAAUAAAAACAAGCAGAAUCCAUCAUCUCUGUUUGAUAAACACGACAGAAGUCUUAUUCUGAGUGAUGGCGAUUUUGCUACGGAUAUUCCAAAUGCAAUCGAAACACUUUUACAAAGUUCACCAUUCAAGUCUACUAUGGAAUUAAAUUUAUUUGAAGUCUUGAAACGAGAACGUUUACAACAAGCGCGUUAUCGACUUCUACCAAUAAAUCGAGCACCAAAUGCUUGA